UCCGGGAAUCCGCCAUGAGAGACUACUCAGCGACUCCGAGCCAUGGGGGCGCCUGCAUCCCGUGCUGCCAAGUUUGCGUCUUCGCCUUUACCGCAUUUCUCAUCGUUGCAGAGAGGACGGCGCUGAUCUAUUGCUUUGUGUACUAUCUGUGGGUGGGUCACAACUAUGUCUAUGCCCAUCUUGCUGGCUUCACUGCCCUGUUCUUGCUGCCAGGUUGGGGUCCUCAGUGGCUCAGUUACCUGUGGUACCUGUCAGAUGGACGCAUCCGCAGGAAGUCUCUCACCUGGACACACAUACUGCACCUGGGUAUCUUCAAAAGGCUGUGGGAGUGCAUGUGUCUGCCGGACCACGAUUUGUAUGAUGAGAUCAUGCAGCAGGCUGAUGUGUCUGCCUUGCGUCUGUUUGAGGCCUUGGUGGUCACCCUCCCUCAGACGCUGCUGCAGACCUAUGUGCUCAUCUGUACUGAUAUAGGAAUCAAAUCUCCAGCCUCGGUGUGUUUUGUAGUGUGUUUGUUAUCUCUGUCUUGGGCCUUGGUCCUCUACGCCAGAGCCUGUUUGCUCAUCAGACCUGGACACUUACAAAUGACCCCCUCUGCCAUCCUCUGUCGACUUCUGUGGAGGGUCAGUAUGUUGGGAUCUCGAUUUGCCAUUCUCAUGCUCUUCACACGCAUCUUCAAACAAUGGAUCCUGGGAGUCAUUGGUGUGCACUGGCUGGGUGCAACCUUCUGGAUGGUGUCUCAGCAGGUCGACAUCAUACGUUCAACUAGUCGAUGGAGACUCUUCAACCUCGUUCUGGGUGCCAUUCACAUCUUCUUGUUCCUCAACGUGAAAUACGGUCAAUCCAGAUACCGCAUGGCUGGAUUCUACCUGGCCAUGUUCGUAGAGAACGCUUUUCUUCUUCUGGCCUCCUCGUGGCUGUUUACGAUGGUGUCCUGGGAUACUGUGGGGAUCCCAGCUGCAGUGUUCUGUAGCUUCCUCAUUGGAGUGAUAGCGUUGGUGCUGUACUAUCGUUUCCUCCACCCUAAGUCCUUUGAGAUUUUCCAGAGUAUUCGCCACAGGGGGAUAGGUGGAGCCUGCACGGAGCGGGGAUCUACGCUGUCAUUGGACGAGAAAGACACGCCCACUUUCCAUCGCCAUGCAACACUGUCUGGAGGUGGGACCCUCAUGGAUCUCCCUAUCCAAUGGGAGGGCUGGAAACAUCACCACUGGCUGCUGAUUCGCUUGGCCAUGAAGACGGGGGAUAUAACUAAGAUCUGGUCGUCGUAUGGCGAGGGGGGACUGGCCGGACUGAUGGGUCUGCCUGAAGAGGUUCACUCCCCCGAUGAACCUCAUGUCCCUCAUGUCCCUCGGGUUCCACUUGUUCCGCCUCAGGCUCCUCAGAUCUUACAACCAGCUCUUCAACCAGCUCUUCAACCAGCUCCACCACAGGUGAUAGAGGUGGUCCUGCCACCACAGCCAGUCCCCUCCAGUGUAGUAGCCAGACCAGUGAGAAAGGCUCCACCCACAACAAUCCAGGAUAUCAGAAUCUUUCCAGAGAUCAUCCCCGUCCAUGAGGUCAUCAUGGAAGAGUCUGCAGAAUACGAGUCCAGCGCUCCGCCAUCAGAAAAAGGUGACGAGGACUUUCAGAGUGCUGUUUACGGCUCACCAACACUUUCAUCUCCGCUGCAACCAGGCAGCCUCCGCCACAUCGACAGCAAUGCUUUGUCCCUGACCGAUGCCUCGUCCUCCGUAUGUUCCCUGGACAUCAAGACUCCCGGCUGGACACCUGAUCGACGUUCCUCUCUCCUGAUUGGUUCCCCGGAGAAAAAACCAUCGCUCCCUGGAGAGACCAGCAACACGCUGUACUUCAGCACGGAUGCACAGUCUCCCUCCAGUGGGAGCUAUCUUGGCUGGGGCUCCGAGUUGUCGCCCAUCUCCACCUACAGAAGUCCCUACCGGAUCAGGGAGGCUCGUUUUAUCACAUCCACCCCACGCCUGGAGCCUCGAGCGAGGUCUGAAAGUCCAGGUCCGUCCUCUGUGGUUAUCAUCCCUGCCACUCCUGGUACAACACCAGGCCCCACCCCAGGUGGAACCCCUGGUGCAUCGACCCCUACUGCUUCCACUCCUGGUACUUCGACUCCUGGUGCUUCAACUCCUGGGGCGUCGACUCCUGGUGCGUCGACUCCUGGGGCGUCGACUCCUGGUGCGUCGACUCCCGUUGCUACAACUCCUGGUGCUUCAACUCCUGGUGCUUCAACUCCUGGUGCUACUACACCCGGUAUUCAAAUCAUUCCACUCACUCCAGUCAUCUCCCACCCUCGCAAACAGAUGGUCCAGUAUGUGGACAGCAGAGAGAGAAUGGUGUAAUGAGGAUGGGGGGGAAGAACAACUGUGUGGGCAGUUAUGUCUUUUUUUAAUUUAGCAGUUAAGGAUAUACAUGAAUUCAUGCAUUAACUAACUUGAAGGAGUGGUGGUAAAUUAAAGGAAUACUUCACCCCCAAAAUGAUCGUUUGUGUAUCAAUUACUCACCCACUGUUACUUUGAGUUCUUGAAUAAAACGUUGUUUUUCUCACAUGCUUCCACGUUGAACAAAUAAGCAAAACACUGAGAGAAAUCAUAUUAAAUGGCAAAACAUCCAUUUACAAACAUCUUGCAGUAUAAAGUAAGUCUCAUUUAUCCAGUCGUAUGCUCUUUACUUCCCAAACAAAUGCAUUUUUUGCUAAAAAUCUACUAUUUAUAACCGACAUUUACAUAAUUAUAUUAUAUUACUAUUUAAUUCACUUCAAUAAGAAUGGAUAAAUGAGACUUGGAUUAUACUGCGUGAGUUGUGUGAGUUUGUAAAGAGAUGUUUUGAUAUCGUUUUGCCAUUUAUUAAACGUGGCCCUCCAUUUACUUGAAUUUAAGACUUUUCUCCGUGUUUUGAUUCUUUGUUCUCCCUGGAAGCAUGUGAGAAAAACAAAGUUUUAUUCAAGAAUUCAAGGUAACAUGGGGUGAGGAAUUAACAUCCAAAUGAUCAUUUUGGGUUUGAAGUUUUCCCCUAAGCUCUGUUCAUGGAAGGAUAUACAAUAUAAAUGAUUAUUUAUGUUUUUCUCCUGACAUGAACAUACAAUGGUUACGUUUGCAGAAAUAUUAGGCUGCAUAGGUAACACACUUCCCAAACACUGCUGGGAAAUUGGCUCUGUUCUUAAUAGUGGUGCCUCUGGCCCUGCUGUACAUCUAGCAGUGUUAGAGGGAAGUCAGUGGUGGACGGUACUGUACUCCUGGUUGAGUGCCUGCUGUGAGGAGGGGGUGAUAGUAUGAACCGCCUUGCAUGCUACUGUGAAAAGGGCAAAAGUGAAGCAUCUGGAAAAAUUAUGUUUAUGAGUCGAGGGACGUGGUUAUCUGCUUCCUGCCGAGGCCACCAGACGAGUUAGCAGUGGCAAUCAAGUAUGUACAAGAGAAUCUGCCUUUCCAAAUUCUUUCAAAAUAUCUGAUUUAAAAAUAAAAAUAAACAAGAUACACUGCAGAUCAUUAUCUACAGAAGAUUGCAUUUGGGUUACGCAACACACAGAUACAAAUUCACAGGUGCUAAUGAAUGGAGGGCAUCACUUUCAUUCAUUUAGAUAAACCUUUACACUUGGUCAUUUUUUAGAAACUAACCACAGAAAAACUACUUUUAGGCUUCUUCAGGCAGCGGCUGAGAUUACCUCUGGUGACAUUUUGAAUAAAACUCAUUGUCCAUAUAAUCAUAAUUAUUAUGGUGAUAUUGGAAUUAUGAGCUGUGAUGAAAUCAGAAACUAAAGCGAACUUACUUAAAUGGAAGUUGGAUCAAUGAAAAAGAUUUUUUUCAAAAUGAACCGGGUAAUUAAACUAGUUUACAAACACUAAACAUGCUGACUCUCUUAUAACGCGUCUCGCCAAUGACUUUCUCUUUUUUUUUUUACAUUCUGAUACAAUGAAACCAAUUAUCUCUUAUGAAAUAUAUAAAUAAUGCUGAUUAAUCCAAGCCCUCAAAGGCACUGAUGUUAUUAUGCUUGCAAAAUGUUGAACAUACCGUCCAGUUUUCAGGAAGCUACUAAUUCAUCCAAUCAGCUACUCACUGUGUGUACAAUACGGUACAUUAUAUUACACACAUUACUGACACGUUACUUAAACUCCUGUUUAUAAUCUGUUAAAUAGUCUUAUCUCUUCACUGAUGUCUUUAUUUUAAUGAAACUAUCAGAUAAGCAAAUUACAAAAACGGUUUGAGGGUAAAUACUUUUAUAAAUCAUAUGCGCUGCCUUCUGUUGCUUAUCACAAAAGGUACAGCUAAAGUAGCAUUUUAUUAUGUAGACUACACUCGGAUUAUAUCACGAGAAUAUGUCAAAAGGGAAAUUGCAGUAGAAAUAUAAGAAUAUUAAAGGAGUAUCAGAUGCAUUUUAUUUUAUUUUUCUCAUUUGUAUUUUAUUUGUUGAUGGGUUGUUUUAGUCUAGGUAAAUGAUCAGAUAUUUGAUAUCAAAACAUAUAUUUCCCCAUUUGGCCAUUUCUAGUAAGAUUGCAAAUAAAGGACAAAAUUAAACGGGUAAUUUUGGGGACAAAGAAAAGAUAAAGUACAACAAAAAAGACCAUUUCUGCAGGACAUAAUUCAUGAGUGUGUCUUCUUUUAUGAGACUUUUAUGAACACCUCUGAGGAUCACAUUUUUAUUUUUAUUUUUAUUAAUGCUAGAAGAGAAGAGUACGAAUGAUGAUAAGAUAUCAUGUUUGAUGAAGUCGCAGCAGUGACUGUGACCUGUAUGUGCUGGGAUGGAAGUUCACUACAUGGUGUUUUUUCUGAUUAGGCAUUACAAUUAUACAUUUGUGCCAUAAAUUCUUUAAAUUUGGCAUUCUUUUUUAACCGCCUGAUAUAAUUGGUUAAUGAUUUUACUGUCUGCUACUCUAAUUAUUAGCAUUUCUAAUUAUUUUGCAUUGUUGGCACACAGCGAACACAGCGUGUCUGCCUCGUAAAGAAAGUUUAACAUGCUCAUGAAAGGUGACUAUGUGCACAAGUUAAUAUGCUUGAAACCAGCUGCUCUUUUAAAAUCGACAAUAUCAACGUCUUUUUGACUUCCUGUAGAAGAAAACUCUAAACGUCUUUGGUAUCCUCUUUUAAAGUCUGUUAUUCUCACACUUAUGUUUUGUCUUCCGCCUAUUCUUUAGUUGAACCUCCUACCUCAGUAAAACAGAAUUUCCAAGUCACAAAAUUUUUAUUUUAUUUUUUAUGUCGCAGUGAGAAAAUGUUAUUGCUCGCUGUAUGACUGAAAACACGUCUGUAUAAAACGUUUUUGAUAAUGUAGCUACCAGAAAGAGGGAAACAAGGUGAGCGGCAAAGGUUUAGAAUAGAAAUGUUGGGAAUAAUGUGCUGCUAUGAGUUCCAAGUUCAGUCAAUGCCAGUAAUGUUAUGAAUAUUAUUUAUUUCAAUAUGUGAAUAGAAGUCAUAGAAGGAACAAUAUCAGUCUUCCAUGUAUAUUUGUCUUCUAUUUUUCAGUUUUUCUUUAACUUUCUUUCUUUCUUUC